CGGGGCUGGGGGGUGCGCAUGCGCGACUGUGCCGUGCGACCGCGGAGCGGCGGGGGAGCGCCGGUACCGGACGCAGGAGCAACAAUGGAUUGGCCCCAGCAAAGAUGUAGUAGGUGUUGGGAGAAGACAUCUCACCUGAAAUGGAGGUGAUCAAAGGAGCUGAAUACUGACUGCACCAAAAUGGGGCUGCGACUGCUGGCUUGUCUUUUCCAUUUGCCCACUGCAGUGAUCUACGGGUCUCUGUCGCUCUUUGUUUCCAUUUUGCACAACGUGUUCCUCCUGUACUAUGUGGACACCUUCGUCUCUGUUUACAAGAUUGAUAAACUGUCCUUUUGGAUAGGAGAGACAGUGUUUCUGAUCUGGAACAGCCUCAAUGACCCUCUGUUUGGCUGGCUGAGUGACCGAGUGUUCCUUAGCACGCAGCAGGCAGGAGCAGAGAUUUCCUCUCCUGAAGUAGUUCUGAAGAGGCUCAGAGCACUAAGCCACAAUGGCCCCCUCUUUGCCAUUUCUUUCCUGGCUUUCUGGGUUGCCUGGGCUCAUCCUGGUUUGCAGUUCCUCCUUUGCCUUUGCAUGUAUGACAGCUUUCUCACCAUGGUCGACCUCCAUCACAACGCCUUGCUUGCAGACCUGGCUGUUUCAGCAAAAGACAGGACUAGCCUCAACUUCUACUGCUCCCUCUUCAGUGCCAUAGGCUCCCUGUCUGUCUUCAUGUCCUAUGCAGUGUGGAACAAGGAGGACUUCUUUUCCUUUCGCAUAUUUUGCGUCCUGCUGGCCCUCUGCUCCAUUGUUGGUUUCACCCUGUCCACGCAGCUGCUCCGCCAGCGGUUUCAGGCUGAUGGGAAGGCAAAAUGGGACCAGGAAUCAACCCUAAAAGAGCUGUACAUUGAGAAACAUUCCGUCCCCCAGGAGAAGAGGAUCACCCUGGCAGAGUAUCUCCAGCAGCUCUCCCGGCAUCGCAACUUCCUCUGGUUUGUCUGCAUGAAUCUCAUCCAGGUUUUUCACUGCCAUUUUAACAGCAACUUCUUCCCUCUGUUCCUGGAGCACCUGCUGUCAGACCAGAUCUCUGUCUCUACUGGAUCCUUCCUGCUCGGUGUUUCCUACAUUGCCCCCCAUCUCAACAACCUCUACUUCCUGUCGCUCUGCCGCCGCUGUGGGGUUUACGCUGUGGUGCGAGGACUCUUCUUCCUGAAGCUGGCUCUGAGUGUUGUCAUGCUCCUGGCAGGACCUGAUCAGGUGUAUCUGCUCUGCAUCUUCAUUGCCAGCAACCGCGUGUUCACAGAAGGGACCUGUAAGUUACUCAACCUGGUGGUCACUGACUUGGUGGAUGAGGAUCUAGUCCUGAACCGUAGGAAGCAGGCAGCCUCAGCCCUGCUCUUUGGGAUGGUGGCUCUGGUCACCAAGCCAGGCCAGACCUUCGCCCCUCUGAUCGGCACCUGGCUGCUUUGUGCGUACACAGGCUACGACAUCUUCCAGCGCAACCCCCUAAACAACGUGGUGAGUGCCCAGCCAAAGCUGGAGUCUGCUGCGGCCUUGGAGCCAACUCUUCGCCAGGGCUGCUUUUACCUCCUCGUCUUCGUGCCCAUCACGUGUGCGCUGCUGCAGCUCCUCAGCUGGUCACAGUUCAGCCUGCACGGGAAGCGGCUGCAGAUGGUGAAGGCUCAGCGGCAGAGCCUGACACAAGGCCAAGCGCCAGAUAUCAAAACAAUCUAAGGGUGCCUGAGCCCCCCAGGGUGCUGCUGGAGGGCAGGCAAAGGGCAGGGAUGGUGGGCUGAGAGAGCCUGAUGUUCACCGUUCAGCUGUGAAAUGCUGUGAUGCCAGUGUUUACUCAUUCCAGGUGGUGAUCACUGGGGAAGGCAGAGAAGUUCAGCAUGUGAGGGGCCUGGGAUAGAUCACUUAAUCUCAGGAGCAAGAACAUUUUAUUCCAGCCUGUCCCAGGGAGCAGAGAGCUGCUCAUUCCAGCAAGGAGGUGCUGGGUUGCAGGUGCUAGAAACAGACACAUCCCCAAUGCACUUCUCUGCCCUGGCCAUGGCUCUAGGGAGCCACAGCCUCUCUAGCUGAGCAGGAGGAAACUGCACAGGGAGUUCUUCCUUGCUAGAGCCUUGCAGCCUUGGGGAGUGGAGUGGGAGGCUCCUGAGGGACCAAGUGACCAAGGGAAUGAUUGCCAAACAGGAUCAGGGAUGAGAGGACCUUGAAGGCCUUUCCCAGUAACUGGUACAACCCUCCCACAUACAGUGCUGUGGUUUUUGGACCAAAUCCACUCUUAAGCAUUUGUUGUUCCCAGGACAAGAUCCUGCACAGCUAGGAUGCUGAGUGUGCUGUUUUAUGAGGUUCCCUCCUCUGUGGCCUUGUAGAGGGUGUUGUUGCUGGCCUGGGAAAGGUGGUGGGCUGAACUGAGUUCAGAGCCUUGAGCUGUAUCAUCCCAUUGCAUGUCAUUUAUCCCUCCUCUCCACAGCCCAGCUGUACCCUGAGCUCCCUCCCAUUCUGGGCAAAGUCAGGGAACCAACCCCUAAUCCAGCUGCUGGAAGUGCCUCCCUGCCCAGGGCCAUCCCAGGUGACCUGGUGAGGCAGCCUGCAGGAGAGCACAAGCCUGGAGGAGACACCAGGUGUUGCCUUUGUGCCUUCGAUUCCUCUUUGGAGCCUGUCUGACACAGUACUGGGCAAUCACAGGGUUGGGAUUUCACCCUGGUGGCGAGGGGCAGACACCUCAGCUCCUCAGCACUUGAAACAGUGCCCAAGCCCUAAGCCAGGGAACAAGGAGAGCAGGUGCUUUGGUCUCCCUGGUUUCAGCUGGGAGUCGAGCGACAGGUAAUCACCAAAGGGGCCCCUGAGGCAAGGUGACUCCUCAAUCCCUGUGAUGUUUGGGGGCAGGCAGAAGGGAUGUGCCAAAGCCUGCGCCUGCCUGCUGCAGGAGGGGGGCUUGGCAGGCAGCAUUUGGAAUUGCACUUUGAGGGAUGUUCUUUGUUUAGUGCCAGGUUCCCUCUGGGGUCUCAGCCCACCAACCUGCCAUCUUGCCUCAGGACAUGGCUGCCUUCUGUGUUGGACCAAGACAUUCCUGCCACGAGGCUGCUGUAGUUCUUAAUGGUUCAAUCAUAAGUUAUUUGUGCAACUUCUAACCAAGUUUGAGAAUGAUUCUCCAUUUCAUAAAUUAAAGAUUAUCUUUUUCUGAA